GCGGCUAAGGUCUGCCAAUCCGCGGUGACUACAGAGGUGGACUACCGCAUCGCCGUGGCAGAAACCGCCAUGGCUCACAACAGGUACUACGACAGGAGUGGAUAUAGUCCACAACAAAGGGUGUUCGGUACUAACCUUCGUGUUCCGGGCAACUUGCUUUCGGAUGAUGUGGUCGCUCGAGAUCUACUUCAACCACCUCAAAGCGACUACAUGAGGUGCAGCGCCGAAAUUCGAGAAGCUGCCUCCAAGGCCUGGAUGGAGCCACAGGACUUCGAGGCCAUCAAUCGGGCGGUGAAGACCAACUCAAGGACCGUGGACGCUCUCCCGAUCCACUCCGGUGACCGCGUUUAUGUGUGGAGGACAACCCCGGAGUUUCGUGGAUGGUCCGGUCCGGGAGUCGUCAUCCAGACGACAGAGAAUGGCCGAUCAUUGUGGAUCAGUUUGAGGGGAUACCUCUUGAAAGCCUCCCGAGAGCAAACCCGUUUGGCUUCUAGCGAAGAGAGUUUCGGAGCUGAAUUGCGGAAGGUGCUGGCUAAAAGUAUGUUGGAGGACCUGGAAAAGGGCACCUUGAAACAUUAUCGUGAUGUACAAGGAGAAGGCCCGCCGAUUGAGGACAUUGAGGAAUUUGCCUCCAGCGAGUACGCCCCCUCAGACACGGAGGAGCUCUCCAGGGACGAAGCAGAGCAGUUAGGGAUCCAGCCCUUCGAACAUGCCCCUGCAGAUGGAGUCCCGAGCAUGCCGGCGAUCCCUGAAGAGCCCGUGCCGACGGAGGAGGAAGCAAGCACCCGGAUGCCUUCGGAGCCCUCACCGUCACAACCUCCUUCGGCACCAGCCUCUAGAAGAUCGAGUAUUCGAGUGGAUGAGGCCAGCUCAGGCGAGAUGGUCUUUGGCCCCAUCCGAGAGACCCGGCAACCACCGCUGCCCUAUCCCAUGACCUCGUCAAUCCCAUCGUGGCCAUCUCCGGGACAACCUCAUGCCUACCUGGAGGUGACGAACGAUGACGACCCCAACGGCAAGGUCAAAUGGUGGUCCGACAAGGCUCGGAAUCGCAAACUCCCUGUUCCCACGUCCAAGAGAACCUUCUCCAAGGAAGAGGCCCAAGCUACCUUCAACUUCCGGGAGAAGAAGAUGUUCCUGUCAAAGAAGGUGGACCCACCAGGACACAUUGAUUUUCGCCGUCUCCCUGAAAACCUCAAGAAGGUCUUCCGGAAAUCACGUGACAAGGAGAUCAAGAGUCUUUUGGACAGUGGGGCGAUCAAGAUCCUGAGCUUGGAGGAGUCUCUUCAGUUUGAACGAGAUCACCCGGACCACAUGUUGACCAGCCGUUAUGUGGACCGGUGGAAGCCCUCAGAAGAUGGCGCUACACUCCCAGACCAGUUCGAUGCCUAUGAUGCCUCCCUCGCCGACAAUGGUGUGGUAGCGCCCAAGUCCCGAUGGACAGUGGUGGGAUGGCGAGACCCGGAAGUUCAUGCCAUCGAGCGCUCAGCACCGACUCCGCUGACGACAUCAAUCUACCUGGCGAUGCAGACAGCAGCCACCAAGCGCUGGAAAACAUUUGUUAGAGACGUCAAGACGGCUUUUCUCCAAUCGAUGCCAACAACGCGCAAACAAAAGCUGGCUGUCCGAAUGCCCUCCUGCGAACACUUUCCAUCUUACCACCCGAAGCAGUUGAUCUUGUUGUUGACCGAAAUUUACGGCCUAGUAUCGGGGCCGGCGUGGUGGCGACGGUCGUUGUUGUCGGUACUGGUCAAAGAUUUGGGUUACACCGUUUGCCCCUACGACCGCUGUGUCUUGAUCCUCAAAGCCGACCCGUCGGAGAAGCUGGAGGACCAGAAGAGCACGCAAGGCAUUGUGGUCAUCGAGGUGGAUGAUGUGCUGGAAGCAGGUGGGGAAAGACAUCGCCGGAAGAUGCUUGAGUUGGAAAGCCGAUUCCGGUUUGGAAAGGUGACUAGUCUUAUGGACUCUGAGGCGGGAAGCGGCUAUGCUGGAAGACGGCUGAAGCAAGGCAAGAACUAUGGCUUCACCUACAGCAUGUCCGAUUACGUUAACAACCGCCUCCGCUACGUGGACGUCAACCGGAAGGUCUUGAAGAAAACAGCAGAGGCCACCAAGCUCACUGCGGAUGAGGAGAGUCAACUCAGGGGUGUGAUAGCAGCACUUAAUUGGGCUGCCAGAGAGGGUCGCCCUGACGCUUCAGCAGCCGCGAGCAUUUUGGCAGGCUGUGUUCCUUCACCUUCCAUGGCCGACGUGCUGGCCGUGAACCAAGCGGUUCAGGUGGUGAAAGCCCGCAAAGUGGACAUGGUGAUCCACCGGAUUCCUGAGGACCAAGUACGUCACGUGGUUAUCUCAGAUGCGGCUUUUGACCCGUCCGGGAAAUGCAAACCGCAGCACGGCUGGCUGCAGGGCAUGACAACGCCAGCGCUGAACUGUGGAGAGCGAGCUCCCGUAAGCCUCAUCGCCUGGAAGUCGCGAAGAAUGAAGAGGAAGGGCGGGAACACCCUUCUCUGCGAGUCGAUUGCUUUGUCGACGGCGAUGGGAGCUACAAGGUCAGAAUAUGAUCCUCGCGAAGGAGCCGAGGAUGAGGAGGACGACAAUGACUCCCCCACGGUGCUGGCGACAGAGGACCCGCGCUACUUGGAUCCCAAGAGCAUUGCCAUCGCGGACGCCAAAUCACUUUUCGAUGCGCUACAUUCUGAACAGUCUCACGGUGACGAUGAUCGUUCGGCCUUGGAGAUCGCGAUCAUACAACAGUCACUACAGCGACUGCGAGGGCGCAUCCGAUGGGUGCCCCACGAUGAGAAUCCGGCCGAUGGGCUUACCAAGCUGGUCGCAGAGAAAGGUGGCCAGUGGGGCACCGCGCUGAACACCGAGCCGUUCCUUGCAUUUUGGAAGGCAGUGAUUCAAGACGGCGACUACCUGAAGGCGAGAUGGUUCAUCAAAGUCGAUCCAGACACUGUGUGGUUUCCAGCUCGGCUCAUUCCGAUUCUGCAGCAACAAGAGGCGCAGAACCUGACCCAGGAGCCUGGAGUCUAUCUCAACAAUUGUCCCCAGGGCCUGCACGGACCCAUUGAGGUGCUGUCACAGGCAGCACUGAGUACCUUUGCAAGGAUUGCCAUCCAGUGCUAUUGGUCCAUGAACGACUGGGGGAAUUGGCAAUGGGGGGAGGACAUGUGGCUGGACCAGUGCUUCCUGAACAUUGGCCACGUGAAGCGAGUGUUUGUGCAAAACCUCCUCGUCGAGGAGAACUGUGCAAAGUGGCCGGGCUGGCAAUCUUGCCCCUCGCAGGGCAUUGUUGCGUACCAUCCCUUUAAGCAGGCUCCAUCAUACAUCGCCUGCACAGCCACUGGUAUUACCACUUCGACCACGAUGAGCACCACCACGAUGACGCUUACGACUAUGACGAGCACAACCAUUACGCACACUGCUGGUCCCAAUCCGGUCCAGAAUGUCGAGCACUGGCUUGCUGGACUCUUCCAUUGA